UACGCCUCUCCCUCUCUCUCUCUCUAACAUUACUACAUCAGCUAUAGUUUACUCUUAAAGUGUAGAAGAGAGAUCUUUGGUUGAUAAGAAGAAUGGAGCAGAGUUGUGAGAUUCAAGUGCCAAGAGUUAAACUAGGCUCCCAAGGUUUGGAGGUUUCUAGAGUGGGGUUCGGGUGCGGGAGCCUCUCCGGCAUACUGAAUGCUCCUCUCCCCCACGAAGCCGGAGGCGAAAUACUAAAACAAGCAUUCAACAGAGGCAUCACCUUCUUUGACACUGCUGACGUCUACGGCAAACAAGGCCACAACGAGAUCAUGAUUGGCAAGGCUUUGAAAGAUCUGCCUCGUCACAGAGUUCAGAUUGCAACAAAGUUUGGCCUUUCUAUGACGCCAGACCUGAGCCAGGUUGUGGUGCAGGGCCACCCUGCCUACGUCAGGCAGUGCAUCGAGGCUAGCCUCAGGCGCCUCGAUGUGGACUACAUCGAUCUGUACUACCAGCACCGCGUUGAUCAGUCUGUGCCUAUAGAGGAAACUGUUGGGGAGAUGAAGAAGCUGGUCGAGGAGGGGAAGAUACGCUACAUUGGUUUGUCUGAGGCUAGUGCUGACACGAUCAGGAGAGCGCACGCUGUGCAUCCAAUCACUGCGGUGCAGAUGGAGUAUUCUCUGUGGACUCGAGACAUCGAGGAGGAUGUUAUUCCCCUUUGUAGACAACUUGGAAUUGGUAUAGUAGCAUAUAGUCCUCUUGGUCAUGGAUUCUUUGGUGGGAAAGGAAUGGUUGAGAGCUUGCCUUCUCAGAGCAUCCUGAUGUUCCAUCCGAGGUUCAGUGGGGACAAUCAAGAAAAGAAUCGGGCAAUAUACACCCGGUUUGCUGGCUUAGCAGCCAAGCAUUCUUGCACCCCUCCUCAACUAGCUCUAGCUUGGCUUCUCCAUCAGGGUGAUGACGUUGUUCCCAUACCUGGGACGACGAAGAUUGAAAAUCUGGAAGCUAACGCUGCGUCGUUGAGAGUGAAGCUGACAGCAGAGGAAUUGAAAGAGAUUGGUGAAGCAAUUCCAGUUGAUCAAGUUGGUGGUGAUAGGGAUUUUGGCAACUUUACCAAGUUUGCAUACAAGCUAGCAAACACACCCCCCUAUGAAAAAUGAUACUGUCCCAUCCCAUCGAUGAAUAAAUACUGGACACAAGAACACCUAAAAUAAACAUGAAGCUUUUCAUUAAUGGAAGUGUUUCUUUUCAA